AUGGCUGGACAGGUCAGCAAAAGUGGGGUUGUUGGAGCAGGGGAGGAAGGGGAUAUUAUCUCCCCCUCCCAACACACUAGUGAUUCCAUGCCUUAUCUAACCAUUGUCUGUAAUAUCUAUCUAUCGCAGUCUGUUAAUAUCUAUCUAUCUAUCUAUCUAUCUAUCUAUCUCUGUCUGUUAAUAUCUAUUUAUCUAUCUUUCUAUCUGUUAAUAUCUAUCGAUCUAUUUAUCUAUCUCCAUCUGAUAAUAUCUAUCUAUCUAUCUAUCAAUAUCUAUCUCUCUAUCUCUUCUGUUCAUAUCUAUCUAUCUAUUUCAGUCUGUUCAUAUCUAUCUAUCUAUCUAUCUAUCUAUCUAUUUGAGUCUGUUCAUAUCUAUCUAUCUAUCUAUCUAUCUAUCUAUCUAUUUGAGUCUGUUCAUAUCUAUCUAUCUAUCUAUCUAUCUAUCUAUCUAUCUAUCUAUCUAUCUAUCUAUCUAGCAGUCUGUUCAUAUCUAUCCCUCUAUCUAUCUAUUUCUGUCUGUUUCACUCUAUCUAUCUCAGUCUGUUUCUAUCUAUAUAUCUGGUGGAGAAAAGGAUGGGGAAGAGAUGAGUGCAUAGGUGACUGA